CAGGUUUUGAGUGUUUGUUUGUGGAAUCCAACUGAGUGUCAUGAUUGGAUUACAUUUUUCGGAGGUCGAAGGAAAGAGAUGAAUCUCGAGAAUUUUGGAGGUGGCAGAGGUGCCGAUAGAGAGGCGCCGCCGCUGGCACGGCAGGGGUCCAUCUACUCGCUCACGUUCGACGAGUUGCAGACCACGCUCGGUGGGCUGGGGAAGGACUUCGGGUCGAUGAACAUGGACGAGCUGCUCAAGAACGUGUGGACCGCGGAGGAGACCUACGCCAUGACCGCGGCCUUCGGUGAGGGCCGCGGCGGCACAGCAGCUGGCCCUGGCCUCCAGCAGCAGGGCUUGCUCACCCUGCCUAGGACCCUCAGCCAGAAGACGGUCGACGAGGUCUGGCGGGACCUCGCCGGCGGCCCCACCGCCUCCUACGUUCAGGGAAUCGCCGGCGGCGGCGCUGACGUACCGCAGCAGACCAGUCUGGGAGAGAUAACCCUCGAGGAGUUCUUGGUGAAAGCCGGGGUGGUGCGGGAGGACUCGACUCCGUCGCCAGCACUUCCAAGGUCGGCCGGCAACAGAAGCAGUAGCACCAAUGUGUUGUUUGACGAUAUGCCGACGAUAAACAACGCCACCGGGCUUGCUCUUGGAUUUGAGCAUCGAAGUAAUACGAACACAAUCAACGCUUGCAUCCCUCGUAGUUCAGCUGCCGAUCUGGGGAUGAUGGUCACUGUGGCGAGACCUUACGCGGCUCCGAUUCCUGUGCGAAGCAGAGGACUUGUUAGCUUCGAUGAUGCUGAAAUGACCGAUGGGUUGAUGACAGGGAUAAUUGGCCCAGACAGAGCUAGAGUUGUAGUAGUGACCGGGUCGCCGGGGAAUCAUCUCUCUCCCGACAUACUCGAGAAAGCCAACAGGGAUCUGUCUUCGGUGCCGAAGGUUCCAUACAUGUUUAGUGGCGGGAUGAGGGGAAGGAAGCGCAGUGGGAGCGUGGAGAAAGUUAUAGAGAGGAGACAGAGGCGGAUGAUCAAGAACAGGGAGUCAGCUGCUAGAUCGCGUGCCCGGAAACAGGCUUAUACCAUGGAGCUGGAGGCUGAAGUAGAAAAACUCAAAGAGCAAAAUCAAGAAUUGCAAGAAAAGCAGGCAGAGAUGAUGGAGAUGCAGAAGAAUCAGGACUUGCAGAUGAUCAGUCAGCUGCAUGGAACAAAGAAACAUCUCUUGAGGAGGACACAAACAGGUCCAUGGUAAAGCAGAGGUCUUGACGAUGAUAGCUGAACCAGGACAUCUCAAAGUUUUGCUGGAAUGAUAGUCGCAUAAUAUAUAUAUAUAUAUAUAAGGGAAUUGCAUCAUUUGCUGUAGAAGUAGAUACUGAUCCAUCUGGGUUGCUCCAGUGAUAGUGAUCUUGUUCUUGUUUGUUCGUCGUGGAUGGCCUUUUUCCUACGCUAUCGAUUAGUCCCCUCGAUGCUCAAGAUCGACUUUUUCCACACAGUGGCAUCCAUUGUAGGGUGACUGCCAUUUGGAUUCAGGUGUUGGAAUACUGUCAGCUAAGAUGAGCUUAAUAGGAUUUUGAUGUUUAGUCAUGCAGUUUCCAUUGCUGAGGCAUAUAUUAUAGCUAGAGGGAGUUCUUGAUAUCACUCCUUGUUAUGUAUGAAUGGUUUGAUUCGGUUUCUGGCUUGAACAUUUCCAAGUCUUUUGGAGAUCACCUUUUCUUUA